UAAUCGGCAAAAACAGGUAAAGGGAUUGCGCAUUAUUUAUUAAUUGUCAAAAAAUUUCAAAACCAGGUACACGUAUUUCUGAUGUCUGGCGGAGAAUAUAGAUAUGUUUGGCGAAUUGCAUUUCGGAAUUUUAUUAACUCAUUCAAACCGCGACAAAUACGGGGUAAUAAAAUAGGAAAAGAUUACAUUGGCAAUGAGUAUUUCGAAAUACCAGCUGAUCCAAGUAGGGGGAAAAGAAAUCCAGCCAGAUGGUAUGAUCCAGCAAAAGGUUUAGAUUUUCAAGAUCCCAUACCAGCUGAAUGGGAGGCAUGGCUGCGAAUGAGGAGGAAGGAACCACCAACGGAAGAAGAAAUAGCAAAAAAUGUUGCCAUAGCUCAAUUGAAGAAGGAAAAUGCUGCAAAAAUUGAACAAAACAGACUGGCUGAUGGUGGUUCAUUGCCUGCUCCCUCAGAUAAAGGACCAGACUCUUAUCCUAAGUACAAGGACUAUCAUGUUGGGGAUAUACAGGAUGAACACAGGAACAAACAUUAGCUGUGAUAAAUUAUGUAAAAA